UCUAAUGUUUAUUUGAUGUUUAUAAAAGAUGUUUAUGUUUAUGCGUUUUAAAACCGAAGCAGUUUUAUUAACAGACAUCUAAUCUAAAAUCCUAAAAAUAAGUAGUAUACAUCUAGUCUAGAUCUUGAACUAGAUCUAGGUCUAGAUCUAACAACUAAACCGAAAAGAUAUGACAUUUCAAAAGCUAUUGAGCCUCAUCUACAUAGGGGUUUGAGCUUGGGACUUAUCUUUUUGUGACUGUUCAGCAACCAUGAGUAUAACCGACCCAACCACACCAACCUUGGUCUGGUAAUUAAAUCUCUGAUCAUUUUGUGUGAUCAAAUUGGUGGCGUUCAAAUGACAGCGUGUAUACAGCUAGACCAGGCAGAAGAGAACCUGGUCAACAUCUCACCACAGGAAAAGCAAUACAAACUCCACAAAAAUGUUGAAGAAUUUCUUUUCAAAGAAAAACAAGUCAGGCAGAACAGAAAAGAAGUUGCAUUUCCCUUUGGCAAACAACAAAUGUUGGAAAGGUUCAUGCAGAAUGAUCAUGACAAGAUUCUCAAUGACAAAACUGCUAAAGUAGAAAAACUUGCUGACAGAUUUAUUGUCACAGGCCUCAUGGACAGUGUCUACAAACUUACUGAACAGCUGCAAGAGCUCAGCUUAAAAAUUACUGUUCAAGAUAUAGAGCUAAAAUAUUUUGGGAUUCAAGAGUUCCUUCAAAAUGCAGAGGGUAAAUCUUUAGUGAAAAAGGUUGAAGAUCAGAACCAAUGUGUCAUUUUGAUAAAAUCAGAGGAUGUGAAGGCAACUUUUGGUUCUCCCAAAACAGAAACAAAACAAGUAGAACCUUCUGUCAUAGCCAGGGCAGAGGUGUACAAUGUUGAGCUAGUUUUCUUGCAAGGGGACAUAACUACCAUUAAGGCAGAUGUAAUUGUCAAUCCAUUGGAUUCUUCUCUAGCAACAUCAAGUGCACUGAGCAGAUCACUUAUCUCUAGAGGUCCAGCUGAUUUAUUCAAAAAUCUAAAACAGUUAUCAAAGGGAUCAUUGGGUACAGUUAUUCCAACAACAUGUAGCAAGAUUCCCAACCUCAAGGCUAUUUUCAAUGUUGUCUGUCCAGUCUCCAUUGAUGACCUGGAUAAACUUCGUUUAGCUGUGACCAACUGUCUGAUGGAAUGCCAGAAACAAAAUUUUAGUUCCAUUGCUUUACCAGUUAUUGGGAUAGGGCAAAAAUUUCCCAUUUUCACUACAUGUAUUCGCAUGAUGGAUGCACUGUACGACUAUCUGAAUGGAAGUCCAACCCUGACACACAUUUACUUCUGUGAUGUUCAGCCAAAUCAUGUUGAAGAGUUGAUGGACAGGUUUGAAGCCAAGUUUGACCAGUGUACUUUACACCAUGUAUCAAAAUCAGGUUUUGAUGCUCUGAACCCUGAGUCAAAUCGAAUAGCUGAACCUUCUGUCAUAGCCAGGACAGAAGUUAACAAUGUUGAGCUAAAUUUCUUGCAAGGGGACAUAACUACCAUUAAAGCAGAUGUAAUUGUCAAUCCAUUGGAUUCUUCUUUAGCAACAUCAAGUGCACUGAGUAGAUCACUAAUUUCUAGAGGUCCAGCUGAUUUAUUCAAAAAUCUAAAACAGUUAUCAAAGGGAUCAUUGGGUACAGUUAUUCCAACAACAUGUAGCAAGAUUCCCAACCUCAAGGCUAUUUUCAAUGUUGUCUGUCCAGUCUCCAUUGAUGACCUGGAUAAACUUCGUUUAGCUGUGACCAACUGUCUGAUGGAAUGCCAGAAACAAAAUUUUAGUUCCAUUGCUUUACCAGUUAUUGGGAUAGGGCAAAAAUUUCCUGUUUUCACUAUAUGUGCUCGCAUGAUGGAUGCACUGUAUGACUAUCUGAAUGGAAGUCCAACCCUGACACACAUUUACUUCUGUGAUGUUCAGCCAAAUCAUGUUGAAGAUUUGAUGGACAGGUUUGAAGCCACUUUUGACCAGUGUACUUUACACCAUGUAUCAAAAUCAGAUGAGGAAAAGAACAUAACAAAACAUGGAGCUGUUACAUUAGUAAUUGAAAAGGGGGACAUAACUCUAGAGAAAUGUGAUGGAGUAGUUAUUGGCAUAAAAGACUCAAUGGAUUUAAACCACUCAGGCCAAGUAUGUAAGGCUCUGCUCAAGUUGUGUGGCCAGACACUGCAGGAUGAGUGCUUUUAUAAACAAAGUGAGAUGGCCCAAGAUGGAGUAGUUUUAACCUCAGCCCCCAACAUGUCCUGUCAGCACAUCCUUCAUGUCAGUCAGGAUAAGUUUGCUAAACAUUGGGAUAAAGGAGUCACUGCAGUGCUGGCUGAAGCUGACAAGGCAGGAUUAAAAUCCCUGGCAAUACCCGCACUUGGCACAGGCGCAAGAAAUGCCAACAUCCCUUUGUUAAGUAAAAUGAUUCUUGGCGCUAUAGAAGAUUUUGGCAAGAGUUUACCAAGGUCAUUGACACAAAUCAAGCUGGUCAUUUAUGACCAAUAUGUUUUGGAUGAAUUUCUUGACCAAGCUCAGAGCAAACACUUGAGUCACAACAUAGAGGGUUCAGGUACAACCACAAAGGUUUCAGAGCAAGUCACUCUAGAAUGUUAUUCUAACCAUCCAUACCAAAUAAGGAUGGCUAAACAAAGCCUCUUGCAAGAAUGUAAAGCUUCAUUCAAAGAGAAUAGUGUAAGAGAUGAAAAUGUGAAAAAACUCAACACCAAGCAGAUAGAAAAACUAAAAUCUGUUGGAUUUGAAAACCUUGUCUUGGUGACUGUGAGGCAGGAGGCUGGAAUAGUUCUCAUGCAGGGAUUUAAAGUGGAUGGGAUUGUCAAGGUACAGAAACUGCUGCAGAAAUUUCUUUCAAUAUAUGUAGUGCAUGAAGAGCUUCACAAAUCUCUGCUGUCAGCUAUAGAGGGGGAAGAGUGGGAUGAUUUUGAACUUAUCUUGACAAGUAAGUUAAAGCACAAAGUAAAGGCUGGGGUAGAGUCUUUACCUGACCAAUGGACUCCAAUGUCAACCGAGGAAUCUGUGAAAACUGUACCUCUAAAUCAUGGAUGUUGUGAGUACAAUGAAAUUAAGCAGCUGUUUAUACUAGGAGGAGCAAAUCUUCCAAUCAAGAAGAUUGAACGCAUCCAAAACAAGUUCCUCUACCAGCAAUAUUCUGUCAAGAAAAGAGAGCUGGAUCUCGUAAAUCCAAAAGGUCACAAAAAUGAGCUGCGAUUAUUUCAUGGCACCAGUGCCCAAAGUAUUCCAAUGAUAAUUCAUAAUGGAUUUAAUAGAAGCUACUGUGGCAUGAAUGGCACAGUUUAUGGAAAAGGUGUCUACUUUGCAGUAAACUCCUCAUAUUCUGUCAGCUAUGCUAAACCAGAUGCUCAAGGAAAUCGUCACAUGUUUGUUGCUCUUGUUCUCGUGGGCGAGUCAACCCCCAGCAAUGCUUCAAUGAAUUACUUACCAAUUAAACCUGGCACUACCAGGCCUUAUGAUUCUGGUUGUGCUAAUGGAAUGUAUGUCAUUUUUCAUGACACACAGUGUUACCCUCAAUAUUUGAUCACUUUUUAAUAUCUUCCACUAAGUUAAUUUUUGCACAACUUUCAUUCAGGGUGUAGGUAUUUGAAUGUAGGUACAGAAAGAAAUAUAGGGCAAAAAAGGUACCUUUUUGGUUGAUUUAAGCUUGUUAGUGAAUAAUCGGCCCAAGGAUAAUUAACAACAAUUUGCAAGUUUUAUUGCUACAAAUUUAGUUGUCUUGUUAAACAUGCAUGUGAUUUUUAUGGUAAAAAUUACUCAAAAGAGAACCAUAAACAUUUGUGUGUGGUAAAAUGUUAAAAUUGAAGUAAUUUAAUUUAGUAUAGGCUGCAAAAUUUAGAAAUUUUAAAUUAUUUAAUUAUUUCCAGAAAAUAUUUUUAAAAGGGUUUUUAUGUUGAAUAUACUGAAAUGUUUAUAUUGUUUCCACACUAUGUUUAUAUCAUGUUUCUCUUUCAGGUUAUAUCAAAAUUAAUAUUUAGUGUCUUAUCCAUAUCAGUUCUAAUGGAAGCAGACUCUCAAUUUGGUCAAAGUAAAUUCUUUAAUCCCUUCUCAAUUAAAAAGCAUCAAUGAACUAAAUAUUUCACCUAAGUAACAUUUGACAGUAAAACUUGAAUGAAACUAACCCAAACACUUCAAAUAUUGAAAUAAUUUAAUUCAACUAAGUUUUGGAACUAACUGUCUC